AUGGCACUCUGCAGACUCCUCUGCGUGUCACCCCUGGCUGCUCUCCCCUGGACCCUCCUCCUCAUCCUGUGUGGCUGCAGGGGUGUCGCAGGCGCGGCGGGCGACGGCCGGUCGCUGUGGCGACGCGUCCAACCCGGCCCCGUCAGCGAGGACCGGCUGUUCCUGCGCGGCACCUUCCCGGAGGACUUCCUGUGGGGCACCGGGAGCUCGGCCUUCCAAACUGAGGGCUCCUGGGACCAGGAUGGGAAGGGCCCGUCCAUCUGGGAUCACUGGGUGCACUCCCACUCCCCGGCAGCCACGGCGGACAUGGCCAGCGACAGCUACUGGCUGUGGCAGGAGGAUGUCUCUGCCCUCAGGCUCCUGGGGGCUCGCUCCUACUCCUUCUCUCUGUCCUGGCCCAGGCUGUUCCCCAACGGGACAGUGUCGGGUGCCUCCCCCAUCCCCGCGGGGGUGCUGCACUACAGCCGGAUGAUCGACGGGCUGAGGAAGGUGGGGAUCGAACCCGUGGUCACCCUGUUCCACUGGGACUUGCCCCUCAAACUGCAGGAGGACUAUGGUGGGUGGCUCAAUGAGUCCCUGGUGGAUAUUUUCAACGACUACGCCGAUUUCUGUUUCCGGACGUACGGGGCGCGGGUGAAGUACUGGAUCACCAUACAUAACCCCUACCUGGUGGCCUGGCAGGGGUACAGAACUGGGCUACAUGCCCCAGGAGGGACCCACAGCCCACAGGCGACCUUCACCGUGGCCCACAAUCUAAUCAGGGCCCAUGCAAAGGUGUGGCACACAUACAACAGACACUUCCGCCCCCGCCAGAAGGGUCAGGUGUCCAUCGCCCUGGGAUCCCAUUGGAUGCAGCCCCUCGGGCGCCAGGCCUCGCCAUUCAACGUGGAGCGGUGCCAGGAGUCCAUGGAGGCGGUGCUGGGCUGGUUCGCCGAGCCCAUCCACGGGAGCGGGCACUACCCCGCCUCCCUGCGGCAGCAGAACCCGGGCCUGGUACCUGAGUUCACCGCCACCGAGAAGGAGUGGGUCCGCGGCACGGCCGACUUCUUCGCCUUCUCCUUCGGGCCCAACAACCUGCGGCUGGGUCAGAGCCUGGCGCGCUUCGGCCAGCAGGUCUCUCUGGAUCUGCGGCAGGCGCUGAACUGGGUCAAGUUGGAGUACGGGAGCCCCCGCGUCUUCAUCGCCGAGAAUGGCUGGUUCUCGGACGCCUCGGUGGGCACCGACGACACGGUGGCCAUUUACUUAAUGAAGAAGUUCAUCAACCAAGUCUUGCAAGCUAUCGUGCAUGACGGCGUCCAAGUGUUUGGCUACACUGCCUGGUCCCUGGUGGACGGAUUCGAGUGGAACUAUGGGUACAGAGUGAGGCGUGGCCUUUUCUAUGUCAGCUUUGAGUUCCCGGACAAGACCAGGGCCCCGAAGACCUCCGCCAAGUUCUAUAAGCGAGUCAUUGCCAACAACGGCUUCCCUGAAGAUGAGGAGACACGGGACAUUCAGGGCCAGUUUCCCUGUGACUUUCACUGGGGCGUGGCCGACUCCACCCUGCAGGUGCGGCUCAGCCCCUUCUCUCCGCAGUUCACGGACCCCCACCUGUACCGCUGGAACCUGAGCGGGGACGGGACCCUGCGGCCGGUGGCGGGGGUGCAGCUGCAGACCCGCGGGCCCCAGUGCUCAGACUUCCUGGCCAUUCAGAAGCACCUGCGCCUGCUGGAGCCCACGGGGGCCGGCCACUACCGCUUCGCCCUCAACUGGUCCCUCAUCCUGCCCCAUGGGGACCUCUCCGCCGUCAACUCAGAGGCCCUGAGGUACUACCGCUGCGUGCUGAUGGAGCUCUGGAAACGGGACAUUCGGCCCAUGGUGACCCUCUACUACCCCACCCACCACCCCCCGCUGUUGGGGCUGCCGGGGCCACUGCACGAGGCCGGCGGGUGGCUGAACAGGAGCACAGUGGAGGCCUUCCGGGAGUACGCGGCGCUGUGCUUCAGGGAGCUGGGGCCGUGGGUGCCACUGUGGAUCACCAUCAACGAGCCCAACCGGCUCAGCCAGGCCUACAAUGCCAGCGACCCCUACCUGGCCGCCCACCACCUGGUGCUGGCGCACGCCGCCACUUGGCGGCUGUACGAGAGGGAGUUCCGGGCCCAGCAGGGGGCGCUGGUGUCCUUUGCCCUGCACGCCGACUACGCUGAGCCCGCCAACCCCUUCCUGGGGUCCCACGCUGCCGCCGCCCGCCGCUUCCUGCUCUUCGAGCUGGCCUGCUUCCUGGACCCGUUCCUCGGUGGGGCGGCUGAGGGAGGCGGCUACCCAGAGGAGGUGCGGGAGUACCUACGGGAGAAGAGGAGCCGGGGCCUCUCCCGCUCCUCCCUGCCCCGCUUCUCCGAAGCGGAGAGGGGGGAGGUUCAGGGGGCGCUGGACUUCGUCGCCCUCAACCACUUCACCACCCGGCUGGUGGCGCACCGACGGGCCAACAGCAGCCUUGCGCGCCUGCUCGACCACGACUGCCAGCUGCUGUCCGACCCCACCUGGCCCGCCUCGCCCCUGGGGCAGGCGCUGGUACCCUCGGGCCUGCGGAGGACGCUGUCCUGGGUGAAGGAGCGGUAUGGAGACCCGAGCAUCAUCGUCACGGCCAGUGGCGUGGACGACCUGGCCCCCAGAGAUGACCAGCUCAGGCAGUUUUACCUCAAGAGCUACCUGCAGGAGGCGCUAAAGGCCUGGCAGCUGGACGGGGUCAACGUGCGCGGCUUCUACGCCUGGAAGCUGCAGGACCGCCACGGCCCCCAGUUCGGCCUCUUCACCUCCUCCUCGGCGGCCAAGGCCUCCGUCUCGGCGUACGCGGAGGUGGCGGCCCGCAGGGGGUUCCCGGAGCUGGGUGGCGAGGCGCCCUGCCUGCAGCCAGAGGCGCGGGCGACAUGCGCGCUGUGCGCCAGGGUGCUGGGGAACAGGCCGCUACUGUUCUUCGGGGCCUGCGUCCUGCUGGCGCUCAGCGCGCUGGCCGCCGUCAUCGUCACCCUCUCCCGGAGGAGGGCCGGGGGGCAGCGUCGCGUCCCCCCGCCCCGCCGCGCGAGGCAGAGGGACAGGGUGGCCCCCCGCCGUGUUGCCAGCGUUUUCCGCGACAGUUGCUGA